AUGGCAGCAACACCACAGAAGUCCCACAAGAAGCAGGAAUGGCUUACAAAAGGCGGCCUUGCAAGAGAAGAUUCAGAUGACGAGCUUGGUAUAGAAGACGUCCCUUGGAGGUGGAUCUAUGAUGAAGGUACAGACCUCUACGAUCUGGACAAGACUCCGACACGAAAGCGCAAAGCUAAGACCCUCACCGAGUCCACCCGGAAGAUCAAAGGCGCCCAGAUGGGCUCCUUUACUUGCUAUGUUGGAGACACCGUACUGCUUAAGUCGCCAGAGCAGGGCAAGGACUGGGCUGGCAUCAUCUCUCAUUUCUCAGAGACCAACGACGAUGAUGAGGAAGAGAUGAGCGCCAGCAUUAUGUGGUUUUGUUCUCCUGAAGAGCUCUCAAGGGGCAAGAAGUCCAGACUGAGGACUGACCUUCUGCCGAACGAGUCCUUCAUCACAGCCGACUUCAACCUGAAUCCACUGGAGUCAAUCUCAGGCAAGGCGAUAGUCUUAUCAAAGGAAGCUUUCUACAAGAAGUACCCAGGUGGUAGGCCUCCACGAAGCAAGGCUGCCAUUGCUCUCUAUGGAAAGACUCUUCUCUGCCGCCGGGGGCUUAAACAGAGGACCGGCAAAUAUACAGACGAGUUUGUCUGGGAAGAAAUGUAUCAGGACAUUGGAGAUCUCUAUGGACUCGUAAACUGGAUCAACGAGCAGACCAAGGGCCGUCGAAAGCCAACGGAGAAGGGUGACGAGGCCCAAGACAAAGAGUUUGCUCCCAACAAGCAUGGAGAAGAAGACGCAGAGCCUGAAACUCCAAAGAAGCGGCGGAAAACAGCAUCUGCAAUGAGCACGCCCAAGUCAUCAACCAAAUCCUCCAAGUUCACCACCCCAACCCACAAGCGCAUUGUGAUCAAGAAGCCGCUUGAGAUCACCCCUCUAGGAACCCGUCUCCUCUCUCCAUCCCAGAUUCUCUCCUCGCCAUAUCAACAUGCUCGCACCAACCUCCACGUCGCUUCGGUCCCGGCCUCCUUACCUGGUCGAGAAAAAGAAUUCUCCACUGUUUACAAGUACCUCCACGACGCCAUCACCGACGGUACAGGAGCCUGCAUCUACAUUGCAGGCACACCCGGCACCGGCAAAACCGCCACAGUCCGCGAAGUCGUCGCGCAACUGAACAACGCCGUCCUAUCCGAAGAAUUAGACGACUUCAACUUCGUCGAAAUCAACGGCAUGAAAGUCACCGACCCCCAUCAAUCCUACUCCCUCCUCUGGGAAGCACUAAAAGGGGACCGUGUCUCCCCCUCCCACGCCCUCGACCUCCUGGAACACGAGUUCUCGCACCCCAGCCCCCGCCGCAAGCCCCCGCCGCAUCCCCUCGUCACCAAAAACCAAUCCGUCAUGUACAAUUUCUUCAACUGGCCCCAGCUCCGGCACAGCCGCCUCAACGUGCUAGCGGUAGCCAACACCAUGGACCUGCCGGAGCGAACACUAAGCAAUAAGAUAAGCAGCCGUCUCGGCCUGACCACAAUCACCUUCCCCGGGUACGACCACAAACAGUUGAUGUCGAUCAUCACCUCCCGGCUGCAGGGCGUGCCGGGAAACAUCGUCGACGCCGACGCCAUCCAAUUCGCUGCGCGCAAAGUGGCCGUCGUGACGGGCGACGCGCGCCGCGCCCUCGACAUCUGCCGUCGAGCCGUCGAGAUCGCCGAACAAGAACAAGAACAAUCUCAGAACGAGCACUCUGCAAACCCGGAAUCCGCCGCAGAAGCUGGAGCCCUCGACACGCCCAGCAAGAAGCCCCAAAGCAAACCCAAAAACCAACCCCCCCACCCUCCUCCCCAGGAGGAAAGGGCCGCCAGAGAUGUCUUGGUCGAGGCGAAGCGCAUCGCCGACGUGGCGGAGAACCAGGCUAUUCAUGAUUUUCUGUUGGUGGAUCAGAGACGACACCUGCAGGAGCAGGUUUCGACCGGGGCUGGCAAGGCAGGGAAGGCGGUGCAGGUGAAGCAGGUGCCGAGGGUGUUGGCGAUGGGGGCGGCGGCGAUGGAGUUGUUGGCUUCCGGCGUGCUGGCUAUGGAGGCGAGGGCGAGGGGGGAGAGGAGUGGGAAGAUUAGACUGAGGGUUGGGGAGGAGGAGGUUCGGGGCGCGCUGAGGGGGGAUGAGGAAGUUAGAGGGUUGGGUUUCUCGGGGUGA